UUUCCCAUGUUUAAAAAAAAAAAAGAUUAGCAUUGACUACAAUUUUAUUGUUGUUGGGAGCUGGCAUACCAUAACAAAUUGUUGAGCAAUAUAAUGUUUGGGUAGUCUUGUGUCAGCCGAAGUGAUUCUCAGCAACUGGGCUCAGUUACAGUAACUCUUGGAUAGAAUAGUCCAGUGUAGUCUAAAUGCUUAGUUUGUUAAUAUAGUACUGUUCCCAGUAACUUCGUAUUUUUCUUGUAGGGCUGUUCCAGAUUCAAUUACAUGGUCGCCUGAUCAAGCUGUAGAUCUGAGAACACUUCUUACUAUGCCUUUUUUUCACUGGAAAGCUCAAUCUCCUUGUCUCCCUGGACUCUGUGUUCUCCCAAAAGUUUGAGGAACAGAAGCAUGCUUUCCACUGAGUCUUACGCUAACACUUGUGAUACAGAAUGUCUCUAAGUGAGAAGAGUAGUGUGAUUUUUGCAUAUGAAUCUUCAGUACACGGUACCAAUGUACUUCUCAGUCUCAAUGAUCAGAGAAAGCAAGAUAUUCUUUGUGAUGUUACUAUUUUAGUGGAAGAUCAGCGAUUUCGGGCUCAUAAAGCUGUGCUUGCAGCUUGCAGCAGUUACUUCCUUUCAAGAAUUGUGGGCCAGUUGGAUUCUGAUCUUAUCAUCACUUUACCUGAAGAGGUAACACUUAAAGGAUUUAGUCCUUUGCUUCAGUUUGCAUACACAGCUAAACUUAUUUUAAAUAAAGACAAUGUGUCUGAAGUUUGCAAGUGUGCUGAAUUUUUGGGUAUACGUGACAUUGAAGAAUCUUGCUUUCAGUUUCUCAAAUUCAAAUUUUUGGACUGUAAAUCAGAUCAACAGGAGUGUCCCAGGAAGAAAUGUAUGCAGCGUUGUCAGAAAACAAACCCUAAAAUUGGCAUUGUGGAUGAUAGGGAUGUAGAAAUAGGGGAUGAAACAGAGGAACUUCUAGAAAAAGAAUGUAUUCAAACUCCUCAGACAAAGCUCUGUAAAGAUGAAGAAAAUGCUAAAAUAUCUCCUGCUCUCCAAGAUAAUGCUAAUCAAAUUUGUGAUCCUGUACAUCUAGAAAGGGAUAGUGUUUCAAGCUCAUCUUCCCUAUGCCCAAAGUAUAGGAAGUUCCAAAAAGCUUUUGGAAAUGAUAGAGUUCAUACUUCAGAACCCACUUCCAGUAUUAAAGGUAUCCAGGUGCCACCAAUUGCAACUUUUCUCGAGAAGGAAUUGUCUGAUAAUGAUAGCAUACAAAAAGCUCAGGAGUAUAUACCUAUGCAGCUGGUCUCAAAAUGUGAAGAGACUCAGGUAAAAAUGGAAGAGGAGGAGGCAGAGAGUGAGAAAAAGGAAGAAACAAAGAGAGAUCCUGUGACUCAGAGUGUUUCAUGUCCUGUGGACAAAAUGGAUGUUACUGCCUUCCCCCCAAACUCUGCUGCUCCUCAUGGACCUAAUUCUCUGUCUGUUCUACACACAUAUGAGCAAUAUGGUGACUUGAAUUUCAGUGGUAUGCAAAGCAACACAGUCUUAGCUGAAAAAACUAUAACAGGUACUGGAGUUAGGAAUGACAAAAUUGAAAAUCAAGAUGCACCUUUGAAGGUUGAUUUGUGCGCUAGAGAAGCCAUUAACAUUGCAUCAGCUGGUGAUCGAAGCAGUGUGGAGAGAGAGGUAGCAGAACAUCUAGCAAAAGGGUUCUGGAGUGAUAUUUACAGUACAGAAGCUUGCCAAAUACAUUUACCACCUGCAGUAGCAAAAGAAUGCUUGGAACCAGUAUAUUCGGGGAAAAAAUCGGAGUGUCCAUGGCUGGGUAUCAGGAUCAGUGAAAGCCCUGAACCUUGCCCUCAAAGAACUUUUACAACAUUAAAUUCUGUCAACUGCCCCUUUAUAAGCAACCUUAGCGCUGAAGGAUGCUCCAACAGCUCUGAAAUUAGCAGUGGCGAUUAUGUUCAGGGACAGCAACAAGAACCGUGUCCCUAUAAUUAUGUGAUAAGUUUGGGAGAAGAUUCGGAGACUGACACUGAGGGAGACAGUGAAUCGUGUUCAGCAAGAGAACAAGAUUGUGAGGUAAAACUGCCAUUUAAUGCACAAAGGAUCAUUUCACUUUCCAGAAAUGAUUUCCAGUCAUUUCUGAAAAUGCAUAAAUUGACUCCUGAACAAUUGGACUGUAUCCAUGAUAUCCGAAGACGAAGUAAAAAUAGAAUUGCAGCACAGCGAUGUCGUAAGAGAAAACUUGACUGCUUACAGAACCUUGAAUCCGAAAUUGAAAAACUGCAAAAUGAGAAGGAGAACUUACUGAAGGAGAGAAACCACAUUUUAUCAACUCUAGGUGAAACAAAACAGAAUCUGACUGGACUUUGCCAGCAAGUGUGUAAGGAAGCAGCCUUGAGUCAUGAGCAAAUACAAAUACUUGCAAAAUAUUCUUCCUCAGAUUGCCCGCUUUCCUUUUUAUUCCCCGAGAGAGAACGAACAGCUCCAUCUGAUAGUGAACUUGUGAUACCAUCGUGUGUGGAAUUAAAAGAUGGUCUUUCAGGUGUUACAUCUACAAAUGAGCAGAGUUCUUGUUAUCAGUGUGUGAAAAGUGUGUGUGAUGCAACAUAUAGUCAAGUACAAGAACUGCAUCCAGUUUCUGUAACAACACUGGAGAAAACCUCGCUUGUGGAACAAUGUGGACAGAGUGGCGGUAUCACAGACUUCUGUCAGCAAAUGACUGACAAAUGCACUACAGAUGAGUAAAUAUGUUCUCAUUGCUAUUGCCAGGCUCUCAACACUGCAACUUAAAGUGAGGAUUGAGCAUUAUUGUAAAGUAAUUUACUAAGUGAUAGAAAAGAUGAAACUUUAUCUUUUGAAACUACAAUAACAAAUACAUGGUCAUUACAUUAUUUGGCAAGCUUUUGGGUUUGCUCUGUGUAGUUGUAGAAGAUAAUUUGUAUAUGUCAAGUCUUGGAGCUUUUCUGUGUGGGGACGCCAAGGAGACUUCAGGUAAGUUGAUUAGAAGUAUAAACUGUAUGCUCAGAUGUUUUUGUGAGGAACUGUCGUUUAGGCCUGGAGUAGCCUUCACUCUGAUUUAUGCCACAAUACCUAAUGCCACUCUACAUCUCAAGAGAAAUUAUCCUAUUAGGUGUUUAUGCACACUGACUUCUAUGUGUGGAGUUCUCUCCUCUUUAUGUUUCUCCCCUGCCCAGUACACAAACCCUAAGAAGAGUAUACCCCUCUGAAAAUGUUUUUGCUGUCAGUGGGUUAGGAUAACGUGACGAUGUGAGGAGAUUGGCAAAUGGGCUCUGGAAAACUUCGUUACUUGCUGCUGUUCCCACCCCUGUAACAAAGCCAUUUUUGUAGAAUAUAUGCAAUUUGCCUUAGCUCUCCAGUUUGUAGCUAAGCUGUCUGGAAUGGCUGCGGUGCAGGAGCCUGUUCCCUUCGAUUUUUGUAGGAGGGGUGACAACAGACUGGGAGAGGCAAAAGUUUGAAACCGAUGCAACUCUUUGCUCAGACAGCGUGCAUCGGCUCUUCUGGCAUCUAAAUCCCAUAUGCUUGUUAAAAUGCACUUCAUUGCUGUAUAGCAACUUAAAAUCCUAGCACCUUCUAGCUCAGUCUUGUUUGUAAUGAGUUGGAGUCAAAGUAUUAUGAAAGGCUAAGGACAGAAUUUUUUUUUUUCCAAGGUAUUUCAGGCACCAAAUUCUUAUUCACUUCAGUGCUUAGUCGUGUUUAAAGUAACCUACAAAUGUCUUUGUUCUCUGAUUACUGGGACCAGUAAUGAUCUAUUUCAGAAUUUUAAUCUUCAGAAUGCUUUUAUGGAUAAACCUCUAGUAGAUUUCAAAUGGCUUGUGCUAUAAGUAUAAAUGUAUUUUAAGAAGUGUAAUAAGAAAAUGAGCUGGAGGGACUUCCUGCAUUUACUUUGUGAGGAAGAAAUUCAGCCACUAAAAUAAGAGCAGUGGAAAACAAUCCCUGUUUUUAGACUUUACAUUAUUGUAGAUGCAUAUUGUAUACUAAUGAUGCUUUGUUAUUUAGAUGUUAUUCUCGCAUCAGAAUCAAGUAUUGAACCUCACAACAGAAAACUUUUUUUUGGAUUUGCUAGUUUACAAAACAUGAAGAAUUUUGUACAAGCCAGUGGAAUUCUUCAUUUCCUACCUCAGGAUGUACAUUAGCUUUUUGUGUCUUUGUGUGCAUGUACAGUAGACAGCAACUAAAGCAAAGGACUAUUGUAAAUACUAUUUUUGCAGUUUUAUCUUGCAGUAAGAUAAAAAUUGCUAAAGAAAGUUUUUGGCGAAGCAUCUUUCGCUUUCUUCCUCUGUAUAGGUAACAUAGCAUUAAUAAAUAUGUUAAGAACAUUAGCCCACUUAUAAAAAAGUAAAUAAAUAGAUUGACAGAUUUUGACAGUGCUUCUCAUAACCAGCAUGUAAUACAAGUGAAUACACUACCUCACCCAUGGGAUUGAAAGUUAAUUCAAAUCUCCAGUGAUAUCCUUGGAUUUUCAUCAUAUAUCAUUACUUUUUUUAAGGGAAAAAUUUAUAUUAAUGGAGCAUAGCUUGUGUAAAUCACAGUGCUUACAGUAAUUGAAGUUUAGAAAUAAAUACUAUAUUGCAGACUUCAUGAGAGUUCUACUGCUUUGGAUGUAUUUUCAGAUAAUUGAAGUGAAAUUCUUUUAAAUAACUAGCAUUUAUAUAUGUCGAUUCCUUUAUAAGGUGUUACUCCUGAAUCUCUGUGUCUGUUCUCCAGCAUCUGUAUAUCCCCAGUUAAUUUAAUCCUUUUUCCCUCCCAUGCUGGGCAAUAUUUUGCUUCCAAGUCUGUUCUGUUAUUUAAAAACAACAAGAAACAGUAAAAAGAUACACAAAACC